AUGUUACUGUUACUCUUUACACUUCUCUUCUUCCUCGCUCUCUUCACCGCAGCUUUCAUCUCCUCCUUAUGGUCAACACUUUCUACAACUAACAUCAAACCGACAACAAAAACCGUCGCAAACCAAACGUUAGCAGUAAAUGUUCCAAGCAGAGAAGAAACAACAAAACAAAGUUCAACGUUACUGAAUUGUAGCAGAGGAAACCAAACAACAUGUUCAAGCGAUUAUCCGACAACAUCUUCGGAAACAGAGAAGAACGAGGCAACAUGUCCGGAAACCAAACAACAUGUUCAAGCGAUUAUCCGACAACAUCUUCGGAAACAGAGAAAAACGAGGCAACAUGUCCGGAGUACUUCCGGUGGAUUCACGAGGAUUUAA